CUCCAUAUCGGUACGUGGACGGCGAGGUGACCAUACACUACAGGUCGCCCGUGAGAAGAGAGGCCCUUGACGCCUGGUCCGAGGAGGAAUUGGCCAGGCGACAGGCCGAGGCCAUGCGCAUCAGGCACAAGGAGGAGAGGCGAAGGAAAUAUCUACUGGAAUUGCAAGACAUGAACAACCGUCGCCACGCCGACAAUUUCACGCCUGACCAGAAAUCUCCGAUUCCUUUGAAUCGUUUUGACGAUUUUGUGGGUGCAGAGCCGACGAUAACGAACGAGCUUAAAAAUCGACCAGAGAGACGAAUCGUUGCCAGGGCUUUGUACAAUUUCCAGGGACAAUCUGCCCGCGAAUUGAGUUUCCGCAAAGGCGACUUGAUCUAUGUAAGGAGACAAUUGGAUAGAAAUUGGUAUGAGGGCGAACACAAUGCUGCAGUAGGGAUGUUCCCAUAUAAUUAUGUCGAGAUCUUACCCCAUGAUGGAAUACGCCAAGUGCAACGCAAACCUGUCGAAGGCCAAGCAAGGGCUAAAUUCAAUUUUAUCGCCCAAACCAAUUUGGAAUUGUCUUUACUGAAGGGCGAAUUGGUCACAUUGACCAGAAGGGUUGACGAAAAUUGGUUUGAAG